CGGACUGUCUAUCUUUAUCGCUGUGCUCUUUGCCCUGUCUAUCUGCAUCUCCGUCGUGUCCCUCGUUUUCAUGAUCUACUUGAAGCGUCAUCCGCUGGUCAUGAAACGUGGCCCUCUGUUCAACUCGAUUCUGCUGGUGGGCCUCUGUCUCUGGGGCGUUCAAAGUGUGAUUGACAUUGCAAACGUUGGCAGCAACACAUGGAUCUGCUAUAUCCAGCCAUGGCUCAUGGGCCUCGGCUUUUCUCUCGUUACUUCAUCUAUAUGCGUCAAGGCCUGGCGAUUGUGGUGUAUUUUUGAUAACGCAAAGCUCGUGCGAAGAAACUUGAGCGACUCAUUCCUGCUGACAAUCACGGGCGUGUUCUGCUUGACCGAGACGAUCUUGCUGGCGGUCAACCAUGGCAUGAAUCCGCAGUCCGUCACGGUGACUCAGAUUGGACUUCGAAAGCUUCAACUGUGCACACCAAACAACACGUCAGUCUCGAGCGGAACCAUCGGCGCACUCUACGCAUUGAACGGCAUCUUCCUGCUUCUCUGUGUAUUCUUGGCGUACAAGACCCGUAAUGUCCCCCGCCAAUUCGGAGAGGCGCUUGAGACUAGCAUCUCGGUGUACACGAUCGUCCUGGCGUGCAUCAUCAUCCUACCCAAUGUCGGCUCCAACACUCAGAGUCUCCGCGAGCGCUCAGUGAUCCGCCUCUUUGUGCAGUGGUUCUGCCUGACAGUCAUCCAGCAUAUGUUGAUCUCACCCAUUUUGAUGGUGGUCUACAAGGAAACGCAUGCCGGAACGAUUGGAAGCAGCGUCAUGACACAAUCGAAAUCGACGGGCUCCGCGGCAGCCAACCGAGUCAGAGGAGCUGAGGAUUACAAACUGAGUGACAAGAAACUGGCCUUUGAAGAGUUUUCGUUCAUCUGGAAGGACACUGGAAGCUUCUUUCCCCAAAAGUGGAAGAAGAUCAACUGCAUCAUCUGCCGCGCUCCAGAAAAUCCCUUCCUGGUCUUUGAAGACUCGAAGAACCCAAAAGAGAAAGGCUUCAUUGUCACAAUUGCUGCGAUAAACGGCCUGCUUUUCACCGACAGCAACGAGAAAACCCUGGCGUUGACCUGGUCGGCCGGCUCGUUUUUGCUGACCGCGCGCCCGGGAACAAACAUUCAAGAAUGGUACAGCGCUGUUAGCGAGAUGAUCAGCGAGGUGCGAGCCUCCAUGCAAGAGGACUCGGCCAAGACAGCUGCCGGAGCAAAGGGAUCGGCUGCCAAGACCAAGGCCAGCAAGGGCUGAUCCGGCACGCCUGCAUAACAGAAGAGAGAGGUGCUCAUUGAGCCAAGGGAGGGCUGAGGGGGGCAUGGGAUCGAGCGACGGCACAAGUGUUGGGGAGCAGCGCGGGCAGUGGCGAGCGGCCUUGGCUAUUGGCGAACGAGCUUUGCUACUGGCGAGCGACAAAGCACCUGUCUCGAGUUUUCAUUUUACAGGCAAUCCAAUAAAAAACGGGACACCCGGGUUUUUGACCAUUCAUCGAA